GGUUCAGUAAGCGUCGCGACGCCCGUGGCGCACGUUGCACCGGAUCGUUCGUGUUCGUUUCAUGUCGCGAACCGGUGCGCUCGAAAUUUCUCUUCGAAAUCGUGAUCGUUUGAAGGAAAAAUCAUUGAUUUGCCAUCGAUUCACGAUACAUCGCGCGGCUUUUUUUAAUACGAUCAUCGUCCCCGCGGCGAAGAAACAUUUUGUUACGUUUUCUUUUCAUUUUGGUUCCACAAGUACGAUUAUGGGGCUAGAUGGGUGCUGAUGGACAUUUCCGAGUGACCUUAUCCCUACGAAGGGAACCGGGUGCGGGUCCAGUUUACUGCAAGAUGGAAACGUCAGCGAGAUUUCGACAGCUGAAAACCGUCAAGUUGAGCUGCGAUGCAACCUAUCGGCUCGACAUCAGCUUCAAACCGCCGCAAUUGUUAGAGUGCCUGAGUAUCGGAGGGAAGCCAGUGGAAACGAUCGAGCGCGCGCGAGACGGUACAGCCUGCGCCUACAGCGCUUACCACAACACAAAGGGUAUACCAGCGAGCGCACGAGGUCACCGGGAGGAAUUAUCUAUCGCGAUGCGUGUCCUGGGGUCCGGUUAUCUGUCCACGUGUCUGCAAAUCAAAUACUACCGUCAAGAUGAUCAAAGUCACUGCGAAUGGGGCGCAAGGUUGCAUUGUAUCGAGCUCGACUGCUCGAGCGUGGAAGGCAGAUUGGUCACCGUUGACCGGGAAACUUACAGGAAGCUAGGCAUAGAGUCCUAGCAGUCGGUUGGCGUUAACGUCAUGAAAGCCAUUACUUAACGAAAAUUGGCUACAGCUUCUGUGUUACCUCGUAAGGGCGAUGUUGUUUUUCACGAUCGUAAAUUGAUUGACGCAUGAGACCGAUCUAUUAUCUGUGAUCGGGAUCGCUCGCCGAAUAACAAGAAUGAAACGGAUAGAGCAGGCUCCAGACUCGAUUUCGAAGCACGAUCGCGUGGCGCCGAUCAUAGCGGGACGUUUUAUUGACGAUUCGAAUUAAGAGACCAGUUUUCACGCCUGUAGGUGGAAAGAAAUAUUCGUCCGAAUGUUUUAUAACGGAACGUGAGACGAACAGAUUGGGCAACGUCUUUCAGCGGGAUAUUUCGUUUGUAACAGGAAACGAGUCAUGAUAUACCUGCGGAUAAGGCUUUUAGCGAUAUGAACGUAUCCUUCUGGCAUCUCUCAACGGCUAUAUGAAUAUGUAUGUAACAUCGAACGGUGGACCCGUUUUACUAACCUCACCGAAACGUAACUUCACCCUCCUAUUUUUCUAUCUUGGAGAAUACAUUUGUAUAUAUAUACGAGAAUUGUAAAUGUAUAUACAAUGCUGUUGUUAUAAACUAAUAGAGAUGAUUUAUCGCAAGAAACGUGGCGUAACGUUCUUCGAAUCGAGUAAAGUAAUAUUUGUCAACUGUUGACGACACUUGCACGAGCAGCGGAUUAAUUGUGUUACUUCGAGUAUAUAUUUAUCGAUAGGAAAUGCUUUGAUGUCUCUCGAUUUGGCCACAAUGGACUUAAAAUAGUCAAUGAUUCUUGUUUUAUGGAUUUAUAUAUUUUCUCGCAUUGAAAUACUUUUCGUAAACUCUUGACGAAAAUCUUUAUAGCGUAGCUAUACUUGUAAAGCGUAAAUAGAACCAUCGGCGAUAGGGUUGCUUAACAAUUAUUUCUUACUGUUUAUAUAUAAAUAGGUUUAUGUAAAAUCACGAUAUUUUGAGAAGCAUGUGAUACAUAUAAUGGAUAAAAAAUAUUCUGCUCUGAAUGACCAACGUAUAUCAUUUUGCCAAUAUUCAAUGAGACCUGAGGGAAGUUUAACAUAUUUAAAAAAAAUGAUAAGGAUUAUGGAAAUUUGAGAACUCACUCAUUUAAAUAGCGCACCACAUGUAAGAACGUAUUCAAUGUAGAUGUUAAUGAAGGAAAGAUAAAUAAACGAGAUAAUUUAUUGAAAAACUACGAAAAAUAUGUAUAUUCAUGAUAUAAUUGAUAUAAAUGAAGAAAGUGUCUAGAAAUAAAUCUAUUAUUUAAUGCGCUAAUUUAGAUAUUUAAAGCGUUUAAGAUGAAAAAGAAAGAUUUGCGUUUGUUCAUUUUUGAUACGUGAUACGUGAAUUAAUCUGGAGUUAUGAUUUACUUCUUAGUAUUUUAAAGAAUUGCUUUUCACUCGAGCAAUAACUGCAUUUCUUUCCUUUUUCUCGCUUAUAAUUUGUGAUAAAAGAUUUUAACAAUUUAAUGCGUUUGAACACGAACUUACAAUGAAACAACACGUAAUAAUGACCGUAGCGCCAUACGAGGUACGUGAAAUUAAGUUACCGCAUAAUUGCAACUACCGUUAUAGGAUUUCUACUUAUUGCGUUUUAGAAUGCAGAAAUUCUGCAUUUAUAUGCGCAUAUAAGAAACGAACCAAUAUUUCAUUUAUUUCUAACGACAAAUUAAACUUCCAACAAAUCAGACUUAAAAAUUUUAUACUUAAAGAUAUUGAAAUAAUUACAUACACAUAUCUUAAACAUUUAAUUUUCGAACAAUCAGUUCUUGCAAUUAUAAGAACUAUUAAUUAUUUACUUGUUUGUGUAUUUCUGUUCAUAAUAUGGAUUUCUACCAUAAUGUGUAAACAUUGAACUUUAUGUACUCAACAUAAGGUAAAAGCUACAAUUUUGAACUUCUGGCACAAUAUUAAACAUUUUAUUGCACUAUAAUACAAUAAAUUAUGAAAAAAUUAUAUAAGUCUUCAUUUUUCAAUUACUUUCACAAUCUUUUUUUCAUGAGUAUAAUUAUUUUUAUUAUUACUAUAUUUACAUUAUUAGAUUGAGUAUUUUAUAAAUAAUGGUAAGAGAAUUAUGGAGAAUCUUACUAAGCUACAUACAGUAACAUUUCCUUUAUUCCAAAAAAUUGUAUUAAAUGAAAAUAAUUAGCAAGCCAAAAAAUGUCUGAUAUAUACUAUGCUUUUCAGAUUGCAACAACAAUUUUUUAUUAACAACUCUUAUAAUCAGCAAAAAUGACCAAGCAGUGCCUCUAUGCUUUGUACAAUUGUAAACACAGAUUGUUCCUAUUCUUUAAUCAUGUAAUUAAUUGUUUUUUCAAUAAUACCGAUAUAUGUACAUUGUUUGAUUAAAAUGAAUUAUUUAACCCCUUAAGGAUACCCUUUAUUAGUCAUAUUUAUAUUUCGAAACAUAAGUUAAUGUUUAUUGAAUACAGAGAUGCAAAAAAUAUAAAAUUACACUUUAUACAAUGUAGGUUACAAUGAUCCUUAUAUUAUUGUUUUAUGACUGUAUUAGAAAUUAAUU